AUGCUGUCUUUGGCCAUAUCAUUACUAGCUGGUGUUGUCUUACCUGUCGCAGCAACAUCGGCAGGUCCAUCCGCAUGCUCAAACAUAACGUCGCAACUGGGCUCAUCGAAAAUUACGACCAAUGAAUUGAGCUUGAAUUAUGUUGGUAGCACCGAAUACUGGAACACACUCCAGGGUGACUAUAAACCAUCCUGUGUCGUUUAUCCGGAGUCUGCUCAAGAUGUUUCCGUCGCUAUCCAGGCAGUUCGUGCUGCGGGAAGUCGCUUUGCAAUCAAGGCAGGCGGCCAUAACCCGAAUACAUUCUACUCCUCCGUCGAUAAAGGGGUUCUUUUGGACUUAAGCAGCAUGACAGCUAAAUCGUACGACGAAGAUACCACGCUAGCUACGUACGAGCCGGGCGGCGUAUUCGGCGAUGUAUACGAAUACUUUGCAAAGUGGAAUCGCACCGUUGUUGGUGCCCGCCUUGCGGGCGUAGGAACUGGUCUUGCCUUAGGUGGUGGGAUGAGUUACUUAUCGCCCCAGUACGGCAUGGCUUGCGAUUCCUUCCGAGAGCUGGAGAUUGUCUUACCCGAUGGACAGAUAGUGACUGCGUCGAACGAAACCAAUCCCGACUUGUUUUUCGCAUCUCGUGGUGGCGGCGGCAACGCGUACGGGGUUGUAACAAAGUACACUGUUCAAAGUCGACCGAUCGGUGAAUUCUGGGCAGGAAACCUCAUCUAUUUAUUUGCGCAGAAGGACAAUGUCGUCGAGGCAAUUGGAAACUUCGUUAAAUACAAUACCGACCCUAAGGCCGCCAUCAUCGGCACUUACGAGAAGCUGCCUACUCCGGAUCUUAAUCUUAAUCUGGAUGAAGCUAUCAUCAUGUUCUUGGUCUAUGAUGGUCCUGAUCCAGGCAAUGCAUUCAAAAACUUCACCGAUAUCACCGCUUUGCUCGAUACAACCGGGAUCAAAACCUAUAAUGAAGUCGUCAAUAUGCCUAUACCGAUGUCAACAGAGCUCUCUGCUGGAAACAACAUGUUCCGAGUCGGAGUCCACCGAGCAGGAAACAAUUCCUAUGAAAACGCGCUCGACGAAUGGCGCAAUUGGGCCGAGUCGAAUAAGGGGAAAUACAUAUUACUCUCGUUGGAUUUUCAGCCUGUCCCUAAGAGUUUGACAGAUGCUAGCUGGGCGCAAGGUGGCAAUGCUAUGGAAAUGCCGGAUGGGCCGUGGUUCUGGCUGAAUUACUUGAUUAGUACGCCGCCUGAUAUGAGUCAAGCUGAUUAUGAUGCUGUGCAGACGAGUUAUCGGGAUAUGGUUAGAGCGACUGGUAAUGCGGAAGGACUGCCUCUGUUUAUUAAUGAUGCGAACCAUGACCAGAAUCCUUUGCAAACUUUCUCGGCGUUCGGAAAGUUGCAGGAGAUCAAGAAGAAGUACGAUCCGGAUAGUUUCUUUGCGGAUUAUACUGGGGGCUGGUCUUUUGCAUGA